GUCUGAGUUCUAGUCCUCCUAAGGCCCUCCGCAUGGUUCCAUUGGGAAUAGUUAGGAGUUGUGUAUCAUUCAAGUUGAAUCGGAGGGUUGCUUCGGAAAUACAUAUCUAUCAAUCACCUUUUCCCAAGCUCCAUAAAGUUUUUUAGUUUAUCCCAGUCUCUAGAAGAAGGAAAGCCGGAAGCGGAAGUGGCUUUCAUGACAACUUCCGGAAGAGGGUGCCAUGGCUGGUAGGGAGGAGGUGCUUUCCUUGCAGGCAGAAGUUGCCCAGCGGGAGGAGGAGCUGAGUUCCCUGAAGCAGAGGCUGGCGGCGGCUCUUGUGGCGGAGCAGGAGUCAGAGCGAUUGAUUCCGGUGUCACCCCUGCCGCCGAAGGCUGCCCUGUCCCGCGAUGAGAUUCUGCGCUAUAGCCGGCAGCUCGUACUGCCUGAGCUAGGUGUGCAGGGACAGCUGCGCCUGGCGACCGCGUCCGUGCUGGUCGUGGGCUGCGGGGGGCUCGGCUGUCCACUGGCACAGUACCUGGCGGCAGCCGGCAUCGGCCGCCUGGGCCUCGUGGACUAUGACGUAGUAGAAGUGAGCAACCUGGCCCGCCAAGUGCUUCAUGGCGAGGCACUGGCUGGCCAGGCCAAGGUCUUUUCGGCAGCCGCCUCACUGCGCCGUCUCAAUUCGGCAGUGGAGUGCGUGCCCUACGCCCAGGCGCUUACGCCAGCCACGGCGCUAGAUCUCGUCCGCCGCUAUGACGUGGUGGCUGACUGCUCCGACAACGUGCCUACUCGGUACCUGGUUAACGAUGCAUGUGUGCUAGUCGGCCGGCCUCUGGUGUCGGCCAGCGCCCUGCGCUUCGAGGGCCAAAUCACAGUCUACCAUUAUGGUAGUGGGCCUUGCUAUCGCUGCAUAUUCCCCCAACCACCUCCAGCGGAGACGGUGACCAGCUGCGCGGAUGGCGGGGUGCUUGGUGUGGUGACUGGGGUCCUGGGCUGCCUGCAGGCGUUGGAAGUGUUGAAGAUCGCUGCAGGUCUGGGCCCCUCUUACAGUGGCAGCCUGCUACUCUUCGAUGCCCUCAGAGGACAUUUCCGCUGUAUUCAGCUCCGGAGACGCAGGCCGGACUGUGCAGCUUGCGGGGAGCGGCCCACUGUGACUGAUCUGCAGGACUAUGAAGACUUCUGUGGCUCCUCAGCCACAGAUAAGUGCCGCUCCCUGCAAUUGCUGACCCCGGAGGAGCGAGUUUCUGUCAUCGACUAUAAGCGACUUCUGGAUUCUGGGUCACCCCAUCUGUUGCUGGAUGUCAGGCCUCAAGUGGAAGUGGACAUCUGUCGUUUGCCUCACGCCCUGCACAUCCCUUUGAAAUAUUUGGAACGGAGGGAUGUGGAGAGCCUGAAACUCUUAGGAGAAGCAAUCCGGGUAGGGAAGCAGGGCACCCAGGAAGGGGCCUCUCUUCCCAUUUAUGUGAUUUGCAAACUGGGCAAUGACUCCCAGAAAGCCGUGAAGAUCCUGCAGUCCUUGACAGACUUAAACUCUGUAACAGUUCAGGAUGUUGUGGGGGGCCUCAUGGCCUGGGCUGCCAAAAUCGAUGGAACAUUUCCACAGUACUGAGGUGGCUGGUAGAGUUUGACAUGGGAUAGAGUCAGUGAAAGAUUGCCAUGGGUUUUUUGUUUGUCUUUUGCAUUUUCUUCAGUAAUGUAUGGGAGAGCCUGGGAUUCUGCAGUAUCUGUGAAUACGUGAACUUAUUUCUAUAACGGGCUUUUAAGUUGUAAUUUCUUGAAUGGUGUAGUUAUUAAUGAGUUAUAAUACUGUUCCUGAGAACUGUCCUGUGUUUUCCGCACUUGGAUGGUGUCCUGAACAGGUGAGAAAUAAUGUCACAGGACUUUGUGUUUUGAACUGCAGAUCAUUUGCCUCUCCUGCUUUACUGCCUUUUUUUUUUUUUUUUUUUUACCUCUCCCAUGUAAAGAGCUCUUAAAUUGUCCAUUUAAUUCUUGGAAAGGUGUAGUAAAUUUACUGAUGUUACAGAAUCCAAGCUCAUACUGCUCUCUGCAGGACAGGCCAGUAAGUCUAGAGAUGAGUUGUUGGGGCAAGGAAUAAUGACAAUUUGGAAAGCCAGCAGACUGAAAAGUUUCCCAAAGAACUGUCUUACUUGUGUUAGAAUUCAGGCUUCUGUAUUAAAAGGGGAGGGGAUAUGAUUGGUUGUUGCAAAGUUCUUGGUGUCAGGAAUCCUUUGUUCUUGCAGCUGUCCUGUAGGUCAGGUCAGGAUGUUCCUGUAAACCUUCAACAAGACGAAAGUUAUUCUCUGUUCUGAGACUUCUUCUCUCUAUAGGAAUGGGAAAAUGUUACACCUUUAUAGGUCAGAGCCUUGAGAAUGGGUUGUCAUGUAUAUUUCAGGCUACUGGCAACAUUCUUUACUUGUAGCAAAAGCAAUAGAAUACAAAGGUUAAAGUAUCUAAUGUGGAGUCAGAUUUGCUCUUCUCUGGUACACUGAAUUGAUCAUAGGUGGUAUACUUAAGAUCAGUUUAUUGUUUACUAAGACAUUCUUUGGAUAUUCUUCAGAUAAUAGACUUAUGUCCUAGAGAAAUCAGUGUUUAAAAUGUAUGUUGUUAAAACAUUUAAAUUAUCUGGGAAGUGGUCAUUCUAUUAAACAUUUUGAAUUAAUAUCCAAGCGAGGUAUUUGCAGUCUACCAAGAUAGAAAUCACCUUUGUAGUCUGUCAGUUUCUUUUAUAAAUUGCUGGGGUUUUUUCUUAUUAGCUUCAGAGUCCACCUUACAUUAUACACACAUAAAAAUUUCUAAACUGUACACUGUAGUUUGGCUUGUGUUGGAAUCUUCAAGUUCAAGUCCCAACUUUCUGCCCUCCCCUGUCCUUUUUUCCCUAUCCAGUUUUUUUUUUGUUUUUGUUUUUGUUUUUGUUUUUGUUUUUGUUUUGGCUUUACUACAGUAAAGCCUACAUUUGGCCAGGAUGCCAAAUGCAAUAUUGAAUUGAAGUGCAAUAGUGAACAUUCUUCUCUCCUUCAUGAUUCCAGGUGAAAAACUUUGUAUAUUUGACCAAUAUUACUUGUUACUGCUUUACUGUAGAUAAAUAUCCUCUAUCAGAUUCAAUAAGUUUCUGUUUAUAGUUUGAUAAGAGUUUUCAUUGAAUUCAUCAAAUGCUUUUUCUGCACUUCUAUAUGCUCUUAUCUCUUCUGUUAAUGUGAAUACAAUGACUUUUUUUUUUUUUUACUGUGGCAAAAAAACACAUGACAUAAAAUUCACCCUCCCAGUAGUCUCCAUGUGUAUAAUACUCUCAGCUACAUGCACGUGCUGGGCAACAAAUUCCAGAACACCCCAUCCUGCAUGACUGAGACUUUACACCCACCUAACAGCUCCCAACUCUCCCCUUUAAGUUGCUUUUGCUAUUUUGAUUUAAUCUCUUCCAGCAUUUUAUAAUAGUAUAAAAUGUAGAUUUUUAAGUGUGUAUUUUCUUAUUAAACAGCAUUUUCAUGAAA